AUGAAUUCAAAAAUUAAAGGAAUAACGGAUGAUAUAACAUCAAUUCCACCAGAAGAACAGAGAUAUUACGCAUUAAAUGCAUUUCCUAAAGUUUUGAAGAUUGGAAGAUUUAAUUUAAAUGAGGAAUUCAUAGAAGGUUUCCUAAACGACAUAAUGAAGAAGACAGAUAAGGAAUAUGUGGAUAGUGAGUUAAAUAAGAAGGCAAAUUUGGUUUAUGUUGAUGAAAAAGAUAAUGAAAUUAAAGAAAAGGUUGAAUGGUAUCAUGAAUGGACAUUUGAGACUUUUAAAGUUAAAGCUGAUACAGAAUGGGUUUCAGGAUGUUUAGACCUUAAAGCGGAUAAGAACCAUACACAUAACUUCUUCUCAACUGUUGCUAUAGAAAGUAUUGAAGGAACGGUUGACGGAACUGAUGGGGAUGCAUUAUAUUAUAAACCUCCUAACUUUCCACAAGGUUUAACAUCGAAUGAAAACAUAACAACGAUGAAAAAAAUUAGAUGUAAAAAUGUUUAUGUCAUGGAUGAUGAAAAUAAAGUUAAAUUCACUGCUCAAGAUUUA